AUGACCGGAAAGUAUUUAGGGAUUCUCUUUCGGCUGACGGCCGUCGGGUCAUCGCGCCCGACGUCGCCCGUCUACCUGCGUCGGUGGCGGGUCGACUGCUCGCUGGUCGACGUCGUGGUCGCCACCGGCUAUUUCUGGUGCGGGGCGACAGGAUCGGGCCGAAAUAGCCGGUCGGGCGCGCUACGUACCUGUUUGCGUGCGGAGCUGGUGUCGCGCGUCUCGAACAACACUCGUGUCGGUGGCGCGCGGCUGACUGAGGCGGACAGCAGCGAGCGUCGCCGCGGCAGCAGCGGCCCCCGCGCGCGCCCCGCGCCGCGCCCGCUGCAUUCCGUGCGUGAGCCCGCCGCCGUCGGGAGAGCCGCUGGGCCGCUUCCACGGACACCGCCUCACCAGCGCCGCCCGACGCCUUCCCGCAUCCCGCACGCGCCCGCUCCGCUCGUCGCCACCUUCGCG